GUCACAGGCGAAUAAUUAGUUCAACGCGGACUGAAUUAAUAUUGCACUGUCAUGUUAGGCGAGUGCCGAGCACAAUUUAUUCGCCAGUCGAAUUUAAGUCAAAUCCACUGGAUGAAAGUUGUUCAAAAGUCGACAUUUUCCUGUAAAUAAUCAAAGAAUUAUUCGAUUUGGCAAAUGGAUAUUCCAAUGUGCGACACAGCAAUGCAAUAAUCAAUGAUGAAUGUCGAGAAUGCCACGAACCUUACAGAAGGACAACGACGCCUCCCAUCAAAAGGCUCACUGUCUAUUCAUCAGAAAGCACUUUACCUAUUUUGGUUAUCAGUUAUAUCGCUGGCAGUUUUUAGGAAGCUUCUGUUCUUUUUCAAAGUGCCAGCCAUUCAUACGUUUCGCCUGAUAGCUUCUGAUAAUGAAAACUGUCAGCUUGGAUGGGCAGAAAAUGGUGACGUACCGCAACAAGCUGUCCAGAGUAAGGAACAUCACGCUAUUGUGCAGGAGAAUGAUGUCGGAGCAAAGUCUGCAUCACAAGCACCUGGCAGUUCCAGACCGUCAGUGGAUCAUUUUCUCUACACUGUGGCUAUAUUUGGGUUUAUUAUGUUCUUCUAUUAUUUGUGCGAUGAUGAACACUAUUUCCCCGUCACUGAACGCACGUAUUCACGAGACUUAUUUUGGUUUCUAGUCCUCCUACUUUUUGCAGUAAGCGUUGGAAUGACGAGGAAGGAGACUACAGACAAGAUUUUAAACCGAGAACAGACCGAGGAGUGGAAAGGCUGGAUGCAAGUCAUGUUUGUGUGGUAUCACUACUUCAAGGCUGCAGAGACUUACAAUGCCAUCAGGGUGUUUAUUGCUGCUUACGUUUGGAUGACUGGUUUUGGUAAUUUCUCGUUUUUCUGGGUUAGGAGAGACUUCAGCCUUUACCGAGUGCUCAAGAUGCUUUUUCGACUUAAUUUCUUGGUGGUAAUAACAUGUUUGGUGGUACGCAAUGAAUACAUGUUAUAUUACAUCUGUCCAAUGCACACGUUUUGGUUCCUAUCUGUCUACUGCUUCAUGAAACUUCUGAAUACUUGGAAUGAAGACCCAAAAAAGAUGACCGUAAAAUUUAUGAUAUAUUUCCUUCUUGUCUUUUUAAUGUUUGACGUACCAGGUGUCGGAAAUGUUGUUUUUAAACCUUUGAGCUUUAUUCUUAGCUAUGAGAAUUCUCUUCACGAGUGGAUGUUCAGGGCGGGGCUCGACCACUAUGCCACUCUCCUGGGCAUGCUCUGUGCUUACUUUCAUCCCAACUUUGAGCGACUUAUGAGAUAUUUGGACGAAAAGUCGUCUGCCAAACGAAUUGCCAUACGGUGCGGAAUUGCAUCCGUUUGCCUCACAGCCUUUGCUCUCUGGGUGCGGUACAUCUUUGCACUAGAAAAGUAUGAGUAUAACAAACUCCACCCAUAUUUUUCCUUUGUCCCUCUGCUAUCAUACAUUUUCUUACGGAAUGUGUUGCCGGUUUUUCGAAAGUACUAUUUUUACAUGUUUACGUGGCUAGGGAAAGUUACACUAGAAACGUACAUCUCUCAACUGCAUAUUUAUCUCCAGGGUAACGCUAAGUUUCUGAUCUCAUUUUUCCCUGGAUACCCACUCCUGAAUUUUGCUUUUGCGUCUGUUCUUUACCUUUUCUUGUCAUAUCAAUUGUUUCAUCUAACCGUUGAUAUCAGUUCGUUUCUUAUACCCAAGGAUUACAACUCUUUGAUGAAGACGCUUGCUAUUGGAAUUGUGUGGUUGACGAUGUGCUACUUUGCAGGGUUUAGUCUAACAGGAUUGUAUUUUUCCUAAAAUAAUUUGUUCCUUGUUCACUUUGAUGGAUACCACUCCAUAUACAAUCAUUCGCGCGACUCAAACAGAAUACACACCAGUAUGACCGCAACUAGUCUCUUUGAAAAGAUAAUUUAUGGCAUAAAAGUAAACUGAGUUAAGGGGGCAAAUCGUGAACCAAGUUUAAGUCAGUAGUUUAAAUUUUCCUUUAUUUCAUAGAUCUCUUAUCUAAUACAUAAAAUUUCAAAUUUUAUCAUAUAGUUCAUUCUUUACAAAAUAGUCAUUGACCCAAUUUUCAAAUUUCACUUAAUCAAAGGAAAUAAUAUUGUACCUACAGCAGAGUGCCAUUUGAGCGCGCUAAGUACGUUUUAUUUCUAACGCUGGGAAAUUAAGGAGAAUCACGUGUGUUUCAAUAAAUAUAUCAUAUAAAUCCAUCCAGCCAGUAAUCAGGUAGCAUUAUAACUUUAUAUUGACGACUUUUGAAUUUAUACUUACUCUCAUGCCUCAUCCACAUGUACGCUUUGUUUAGAAAUUACAAUAAAGCAUUGAGCCGUGAA